UCCUCAGCCAAUGGCGCCUUCCCCGCGCUCCGCACCAAUAGCAGGCGGCGUUGUGGUUGCCCCGCGGAAGUUAAGCAAGGCGGGCGCGUUGCUAUAACGGAGAAGGGGGUGAGGGCAGUUGGGUCAUGUGCGCAGCCCCCAGCCGAGUGGGAGGCGGCGGGGCGGGCAGGGAGCGCUACGUGCGGGUUUUUGAAGCAUGUGAUGAAGAUAAAAAAGGAUAUUUAAGCAGAGAGGACUUUAAGGUCGCUGUAGUGAUGCUAUUUGGUUACAAACCCUCAAAGGAACUGGACACCAUCCUCAGCGGUGACCCCACCACUAGGAGCCCCGUGGAUACUUUGGGGACGAGGUGGCAGGAGGAUGGAGACAGUGGCCAGUGGAGUUGGAGAAUGACAGAUGACAGUCAUCCAGUAGUGUGCCAGUCCAGAACCUCUUCUCUACUCCAGAGAGUUCAGGCCAGUCCCAGCACUUUGGCUUUGGCAUGUGUGAUGCAGGAGAGGGGAGAUCUGGUGGAGGUGGAUUCAGUAAUGGCCUCGGUGCAACAAAAAAAUUCAGGUGUAUUACUUGAAGAAUUUUUAAAACUUAUGAGUACAAAGAAGGCUGCACAACUACACCAUAGUGAAAUAAGGCAGAUAUUCACAGCUUUUGACAUGCAGUAUAGAGGAUUUUUGACUUUGGAAGAUUUCAAAAGAGCCUUCAAUUCCAUUGCUCCAAAGUUACCUGAAAGGAUCAUAGUUGAAGCUUUCAGGGAAGUCGAUCAGGAUUCUGAUGGUCAUGUCAGCUUCAAAGAAUUUGAAUCUGCAAUGAACUACGGACAAAAUGAAGUAUCACAACUGCACUUUGCCUAAAGUGUAUUCUCUGGUGAAAAGAUAAGUUAUUUAAAAAUCAAUGAAACUUCAAUAGUUUCAUCUAGCACUCUUACUAUAAAUGCAGCUCUGAGGAACUGCCUUUGAAGCUCUACAGUUGUGAGUUAGGGUGUAUUCAUUUACGUGUGUGUGUGUGUGUGUGUGUGUAUGUGUGUGUGUGUAAUACUGAAAAUAUUUGAAAUCUAAGUUGAUCCACAAUUUAUGCUUUGUGGGAACUUCAAUUAUGUACUUUUUCUGUUUGGCUAAAUAGAUGAAAAGAGGGACUGGUUUCAAGGUAGUUAGUAUUUUAUUCAUUGACUUUUUCAGCAGUAUUUCACUAACGAGCCAAAAUGUCUGAGAUACCUUUAUAGAGAGGCUACCUGGGACUGAAUAGAUUAAACCUUAUGCGGAUGAUAGAAUUUUUUUUUAAACCAUCAGUACAUUCAUUUUCCAUAUAAACACCUUGUCCUUUUUCUUAUACUAUCACACAUUGUUUCAAUUGCAAUAUCAUUUAUUGAUUGGACAACUCUGUGAUUUAAUUCCAAAGCAUUGCACUGUUAAAAAAAAUUAAGAAUUGGAUAAUAUGAAGUGUUUAUUAAUAAUAAUAAUAAUAAUAAUAAAACAAUAAGAUAAAAUUUCACACUUUUAAGACUUUUCUCCAUUAAAUUAAUUCUUUUAGAGGUAGUUUAAAAGAACUCUCAUAAAUAAAGAAAAACCUCUGAAGUUUAGGUCACACACCUGAACUUAAACAACAAGGAGUCCGGUGGCACCUUAAAGACUAACAGAUUUAUUUGGGCAUAAGCUUUUGUGGGUAAAAAACCCAAGGUAUGUACCCAAAUCUUGAAUGAACUUCAAUGAAUACUUCUGGUAAUGUAUCUUUUGGCCAGGGUAUUUCCCCAGAGCUGUGAGGAAAUUAAGAUGAAAUCUGUCAUUGUCUGCGCACACUCACCCACUCAUUGCCUGAUUAUGAAGAUUUUGUACUGUACUCUUAUAGGAAAUUGCCUGUUCUCUUAGCUUCAGACUUGCCCCCUUUGAGCCACACUAUGGCUAUUUUCAGAACAUGUCGUAAGUCCUCCUUGUUUGAUUUAUUUUAUCUGUGACCGUUUACCUUCCACUGUUUUCAUAGAGCCUUCCUAACAGACAGUAGAAAUUUGAUGCUGGAUCAUUGGGUCUGUCCUUUGAGUGUUAAUUUUUUACUUACCAUGUGUACUUGCAUGAAAAAUGCAAAAAUUAUUCCAAAAUUUCAAGUCAACUUUUAAAUAGCUGGUUUAUCUAUUACAGUGGUUUUCAACCUUUUUUCAUUUGCAGACCCCUAAAAUAUUUCAAAUGGAAAUUCGGACCCCUUUGGAAAUCUUAGACAUUCUGCAGACCCCCAGAGAUCCAUGGACCACAGGUUGAAAACCACUGAUAUAUGGCCUGGUCUACACUUAAAAAUUAGGUUGACAUAGCUAUGGCACCUAGGGCUGUGAAAAACUCAUACCCCUGAAUGCCAUAGCUAUGCCAAUUUAACCCCUCGUUUAGAGGCAGUUUGGUCAGUGGCAGAAUGUGUCUGUUGACCUAGCUACCACCGCUCAGGGAGAUGGAAUUCUUACAGCAACAAAAAAACCCCUUCUGUCACUGUAGACAGUGUCUGCGCUACAAUGCCAUGGCUACAGCACCAUAAGUGUGCCUCUGUAGGCAGUACCCAUAGCGUAGUGGCCUAUGAGUGAGUUUCUUACUGUUGUUCCCCUUCCCUCAAUCUAUGUCUGCUUGUCUGUCUUCAAAUUGUAAACUGUUUGGAGAAGGGAUUGCUCUUCAUGAGUAUUUGGAAAGUGCCUAGCAUGUAGGCAGUAUCACUGUAAAUAAAUAACAAAUAAUAGGAGGAAGAGAGUAGCUACCAAUCUCAUUCUGGAUCAGGGAAACAGGUCUCUAGUUACUCCAUAGUUUAAGGUUAAAAAAAAAGAGAGACCUCACUAAGUGUAACAUUUAGAUUAAAUGUCUCUUAUGCAAUGGUAUCUAAACUUACCAUUCUUGUAAGACUGGCAAGUACAUAUUUUAUUUGAUGGGCACAUGGGGAGGUCUCUUCUUUAAUCCUGAAGCAGAAAGCACUGAUACAAGGAUAGGGGCUCAACUUAUAUAAAAGUAAUUUCUGUUAGUAUUUAGAUGGGAAAUCAGGGGAGAUCAUGUGCACACAAAUAUAUAUUUUAUGUACAGUAACCAAAUGUUCCUUAGAUACAGUGUUCCUGUCAGUUAAUUUCUAAAUUGCCACCUGCAAAAAAUCUAGUUUUCAGGUUAAAGUUAUGGCCCCCACCAAAAUCUGAAAUGGUGCCCCAGUGAGCCAGGAGUGACCAAAGAGCUGCGGGAGGGUCAUGGGCUUUGGCAGGAUGCAGCCCCUGGGUGACAGUGCAGAGCCCGCCUUGAGCCAGGCACCACAAGCCUCAGCAGCAGCACAGAAGUAAGAGUGGUAAUACACCAUAUAUACCACGCCACUCUUACUUCUGCACUGCUGCUGGCAGCAGCGUUGCCUUCAGAGUUGAGUGCCUGGCCAGCACCAGCCACCCAAGCAGUGCUUAAUUUGUGCCGAGGCUGAACCCCAGCACCUCUUUCAAUACAAAUUAAGCACUGCGGGGAGGCAUGGGGCUAGAAGGUGAUCAGGUUGGGGAGCUGUGGGUGCCAAGGGCACCAAAAUACAAGUUUGCCUAGGGUGCCAUUUUCCCUAAGGCUGGUGGCCCUGCGUAAGGUGUUCAAUAAUUAGAAGCAUCUAAAAGUAAAUUCACACAGUAUAUCAUAGUGUGUACAACAUGUCCAUGUCAGGCCCCAAAAAUAAAACUUAUAGGGGAAGGCAACACAACAGGUUUAAUAAUUUUAUCAGGGUGUCUGUGCACCUUUUGUUCAGGUGGUUUGGGUAAGUAAUAGCUGACCCAUCAGAGCCCAUAAGAUCACAUAGAAGAGCCCCUGGGGUCAGAUGCUCAUUUACACUUAGGCCCCUCUGCACUGCUCUGGCAAUCUAAAGGAAGUCUUGAAAUGGGUAUAAACUACAGCUGUAUCCUCUUUGAGGCUCCUUUAUACAGUCCUGGCAGUAGAGGGUUUUAGUAUAAAUGUGAAUCAGGCCCCUUGUGUGCAUCAUUUUGUGUCAAGAGUACCAAGAAAGCGUUUGGGAAAGAAAAAAAAAAGAAAGUAUACAUAGGAAUAGCUUGAGCAUAUAGGGACAGAAUCAGGAAAGCCAAUCCAAAGAAUGAGUUACAGGUAGCAAGAAAUGUCAGAGACAACAAGAAGGGGUUCUUCAAAUAUGUCAGACAAAGAAGAAAGAUCAAGGACCAUGGAAGCUAGUAAUGGAAGAUGAUAGGAAGGCAGAGCUGCUCAAUGUCUACUUUGCUUCAGUCUUCUCACAAAUAACAACAUGUGACCAGAUGACUAGCAAAGGUACCAGAGACAGUAAAGGGGAAGGGAUGCAGAUCAUGAUAAGUAAAGAACGCAUCAGAGAUUGUCUGACCAAUUUGAAUGAAUUCAAAUCAGUGGGUCCGGAUGCUAUUCACCUGAGGGUGCUGAAGGAAUUAGCUGUAAAAAUCUCAGACCCGCUGGCAAUAAUAUUUACAAACUAAUGGAUGACAGGAGAGUUCCUGGAAGACUGGAGAAGGGCUAAUGUAGUGCCUAACUUUAAAAGGGGGAAAAGGAGGAGCCAGGAAGCUAUAGACCAGUCAGCCUAACUUAGAUAGCUGGAAAGCUAGUAGACCAAUGUAUAACACAUUCAAUUUGUGAAUACCUGGAGGAUGAAGGGGUAAUCACUAGCAUCCAGCAUGGAUUUACCAAGAACAAAUCAUGCCAAACCAGCUUGAUUUCCUUCUUUGACAAGGUAACUGGUUUGGUGGACAGGGGAAAUGCAGUGGACAUGUUAUACCUGGACUUCAGCAAGGCUUUUAACAUAGUCCUAAUGACAUUCUGAUAAGUAAGCUAGAGAAAUGUCGGAGCAACAGAACUAACA